AUGUCCGACAUACAGCUCUACCUGGUCGAGGCCGACAAGAACAAGGACGAGGCUGGAAGGCUGGCCGCUAGUUCUGCUGCUGCUCUUGCCAAUGGGGACCUCAAGCUCGUCCAACUCAUCGAAAAUGCCGGAGAAUACAUCAAUCACGAGGAUGCAAACAUGCGAAUCAAGUCGCUUUCCUACCUGGCUGAUGUCCUGGAACAAGUCGCCCCCAAGGUCUUGAAGGGUCAACAGCGUAAUCUCCUAUGCGGCUUCAUUCUUACCAGAGUUGCCGAUGAUAGCGAGGGUACAGGCCAUUGUGCAAGGGCACUUAUGGCCCUGGAGAAGCUGGGUAAAUGGGACUCGGAUACUGCGGCCAACAUUGCAAAUACGUGGGUUGUUCCGGUCCAAUUAGGCAGUAAAGCACGCGACUAA